AUGUAUCUAACAAGCCUCUUGUACUUGGCAGCGGCGGCAGCUGCCACGCAUAUACACCGAGCUUUCAAGGCUGAAGAUAUCAUUACCCGUGAUGUCGCCAUUCUUGGAGGUGGUUCCACCGGUACGUUCGCUGCUGUCCAGCUAAAUGGACAAGGGCACAGUGUAGCGCUUGUUGAGAAGAAGUCAUCUCUGGGAGGUCAUGCUGAGACGUUAUACCUCCCCAACGGAAGCUAUAUCAAUUACGGAGUUGAAGGGUAUUUCAACAACGCAAAAACCAAGGACUUCUUCGCUCAACUUAAUGUUGACUAUGAAAUCCUUCUCCCUGGCACCAUCCUGUCUCACAGUGUCAAUUUCAACACGGGUAAGACAGUGGCACCUGGUGCAGACAUCUUGGAGACUGUUGCGGCAGCUGUUCUUUAUCGUGCUGCAAUUGAACAAUUCGACUAUCUAUCGACUGGACUCUACACGCUCCCAGAUCCAGUUCCCGAGGUCCUUCUCCGGCCAUUCAAAGAAUUCGUUGAAAAGCAUGCCCUGCAAGGGGCGUUAGAGCUAAUUUUUACCUUCGCCGAGAACGUGGGAGAUCUUCUUGAAGCCCCGUUGAUCUAUGUCAUCCAGAACUUUGGCAUCGUCCAUAUCGAUGCACUGCUGAAUGGUGGGUACAUUAGGCCGAAGAAUGGAACGGGGCAGCUAUUCAGCCAAGCAACUGAAUACAUUGGUAAGGAGAACAUCUUCUUCGACACAACCGUGUCCCAAAUGAAGCGCAAUGCCACCGGCGUGGAGAUGGUCAUCCAGAGCACCGAUGGAACUAGCAAACUCAUUCAAGCAAAGAAGCUCCUGGUCACUUUCCCUCCUACCACUGAUAGCAUGAGUGGUUUUGAUCUUCGCACAGAGGAAUCCGAGCUAUUCUCCAAAUGGGGUCACAAAAACUAUUAUGCUGCUGCGGUCACCAAUACCAAUAUUCCUGACUUCGUCAACGUCGUCAACACAGAUCCGAACAACCAGCCUGGUAGUCUCCCGCUGCCACCGUUUAUCUGGGCCUUUGAGUACUCGGGUGUUCCGGGUUACUUCAUGGCUAAGAUUGUGGCCGAAGGCAACUUUACAGCCGAGGAAGCUAGGGACCUGAUCAGGUCUGAUCUCAAACGUAUGAGCACGGCUGGCACCUUCUCCACUUCAGCGGAGCCCGAAAUCGCGGCUUUUGCAAGCCAUUCCCCAGAAACGCUUAUCGUGUCUGUUGAUGACGUCAGAGAUGGAUUCUAUAGGAAGCUAUAUGCACUACAGGGAGAGCAGAGCACCUAUUAUACGGGAUACACUUUCUGCACAGACUACUCAACGGUGCUGUGGAACUACACCAGCAGCGUGCUAGAUAUGAUGGAUUUGUAA